CGGCACUUCCCAUUCCCAAAAUCCCAAAUAUAAUCAUCCGGUCACAAAAUAAGGAAAGCUAAAAACUGAUCUACCUAACAACAAACGCCACCUAUCUUUCUAACUUGAGCGACGUCAAGAAAACAACAGCAAUGGCGAGAUUCACUGCAUUGCUCAACGUCAUUAUCUUCUUAUCUCUCACCCUAAUUGCUCGAUCUUCAGAUGAUGAACUUAAUUGUGUUUACACCAUCUACGUCAGAACUGGGUCAGUUUUAAAAGCAGGAACUGACUCCAAAAUCAGCCUUGAAUUAUGGGGUCAAAACGGUGACGGAGUAAGAAUCACCGACAUCGAAAACUGGGGUGGGCUUAUGGGCCCAAAAUACGACUACUUUGAAAGAGGUAACUUGGAUGUUUUCAGUGGACGAGGCCCAUGUUUAAAUGCACCUGUUUGUGCUAUGAGGGUUGUUUCUGAUGGAUAUGGGCCUCAUCAUGGUUGGUAUUGUAACUAUGUUGAAAUUACUACUACUGGGCCUCAUAUUAAAUGUGCACAACAAAAGUUUGAUGUUGAACAAUGGCUUGCUUCUGAUGCUUAUCCAUAUGAACUUACUGCUACUAGGAAUUAUUGUCCUGUUUCUCUUACUAAGGAACUUGUUCCUACUUUCAGGUCUCUCUCUUCUGCUUAAUUUUUAUCUUUUGUCUAAGUCACAAACAAAAGAAAUUGUGCUUAAUUUGUCAUGAGAUUGAGAUUUGAGAUUUGAGGAUGGAUGUUUUUUUGUAUCUUAUUUUUGCUAAUAAUAAAGGUGUUUUUUUUGGGUU